UUCCGCUUUGGAGGAGCUGUGGGCUUGGCAUUUCCGGAGUAUCCGCGUGGAGCUUUUCUGCGUGGAGCCUUUCGGCAUGGCGGUUUUUGCAGGCCCCGCCAAUCCGCUCCUGGCCCUGAACCCGCAGGAGGAUGCCAAGUUUCAGAAAGAGGUGGCUCAGGUUCGCCAGCGCGCAACCAAGAAACAGAAGCAAGUAAAAGAAAAACUUACUCCUGGAGUAAUCUAUGUGGGCCACCUACCUCCAGCGCUUUACGAAACCCAGAUCCGAGCAUAUUUCUCCCAGUUCGGUACUGUUACGAGAUUCAGACUGUCCAGAAGUAAACGGACUGGAAAUAGCAGAGGCUAUGCCUUCGUGGAGUUUGAAUCUGAAGAUGUUGCCAAGAUAGUUGCUGAAACAAUGAACAACUACCUUUUUGGGGAAAGACUUUUGAAGUGUCAUACUAUACCACCUGAGAAAGUACAUGAGGAACUUUUUAGAGAGUGGCAUGCUCCGUUUAAGCCAUCAUAUCCAGCAGUGAAGCGGUAUAAUCAGAACCGGACACUUCUUCAAAGGCUACGGAUGGAGGAGCGAUUUAAAAAGAAAGAAAAAUUACUCAGAAAGAGAUUAGCUAAGAAAGGAAUUGAUUAUGAUUUUCCUUCAUUGAUUUUACAUAAAGAGGAAAAAAGCAAUGCAUCAAAUACUGAUCUUCGGAAAUCUACAAAGAGCCAGAAGAAGAAGAAAAAGAUGACGAGGAAGAAGAAGAAGGUUUCAGUAGCUCCUAACACUCCUGAGACGACUGUGGAUAGCCAGGGCCCCACACCAGUUUGUACACCAACAUUUUUGGAGAAAAGAAAAUCUGAAGUGGCUGAAAUGAAAGAUGAUGAUAAAGAUAAUGAAAUAGUUUUCAAACAGCCCUUAUCUGGCAUAAAAGAAGAAACAGAAGAGACUGAAACACCUACACGUUCAAGGAAAAAAAGACGAAGAAAAAGUAGUCAGUGAUUCUGAAUGUAUUGCAUAUAAUACUUCUGGAAAAUGUGAUUUUAAUAUGAGGGCUAUUUUUGUUUUUUGUUUUGUCGGUAUUUAACCAGAUACGAUGGAAUGCAACUGUUGACAAGAUUAUCAGAAGAAACACUGUUCAUGUCAGUAAGGAGAGCAGCCAGUGAUUUUGGCUUGCCCCUCGCUGAGUCCAUACCAGCUUGCAGUAGCCAGGCUUACCUCACUUUCUCCCAGUCUCUUCUAUAAUAGUUUCCUUUAUAGAUGUCAUAGCUGUCUUUAGUUACUCUGCCUGGAUAGAAGGGUCACCAUUAACUGCAGGUUUAAGUACUAAACCGCAGCCUUUGCUGUUACCAUCAAAUAAAGAAAAGAAAAUCUUGCUUGACCAUUUACAAGGCUGUGUUAGGCUGUGCCCAUUUAACCCAUAAGGCUACUUGAGACUUCAACAGCAGAAAGUUGAAACCAGAAGUUAAAUGGAGAAUGAGAAGGCAGUUUAAAUAUUAAUACAGAUUCAUUUAUGUGUAUAUGAUCAUUUUACUUACGUUAAAUUAGUUUUCAGUAGGCUAGCAUGGGUUAAUAACUACCAUUUUGUAUCAGUGUCAUCAGUGUGAAAUUGUAUUUCAUGAUUCAAACUGACCAGCAAAUAAAUGUUUUCUACAAUUUAUUUGUAUGCAAGUGGGACUCAAAUGUCUUGAAGUAAAAUGGUAGGUUUUCACUUUCUCAACUAUUUUUAAGUUCCUGAUGCCCUAGAAAUCUGCUUUUAUUAUUAGCUAAUCCAGAUUCAUUAAAAACUUGACACCAUUUUUUUCA